AUGGCUCUGAUUGGAAUCGCUGUGUUAAUAACUCCUGUCCCUUUGCUGGUCCAGCUGGCCCUGCUGAAGAUGAGGGUGGUGCUCCUGCUGCUCCUGGUGUCCGCGGGGAGCGUCGGAGCCGAGCCGGAGAAGGGCUUGCCCCGGCGCCUGUCGUGCGUGCGCUGCUGCGGCCCCUCGGAGCAGCCCGUGUCCAUCAUCUCCUCCAGGCACACCAGGAUGAGCAGCAACCCCUACCCUGUGCCCAAAGUCCAGCCCACCAUAGACAUCACCAUCCUCAAAGGCGAGAAGGGCGAGAUGGGAGAGAAGGGGUUCCCUGGAGCAGCUGGGAAGGAUGGAGAGAGAGGGCUACGUGGCCUGAACGGCAGGAAGGGCCAGAAAGGGCAGCCUGGCCCUCAGGGCCACUCCUGCAAGCAGCUCUUCGCCGCCUUCUCGGUGGGCCGGAGGAAACCCCUGCACAGCUCCGACUACUUCCAGCACGUCACCUUCGACACCGAGUUCGUCAACCUCUACCAGCACUUCAACAUGUUCUCGGGCAAGUUCUUCUGCUACGUGGCAGGCAUCUACUACUUCAGCCUCAACGUCCACACGUGGAACUUCAAGGAGACCUACGUGCACCUGAUGAGGAACGCGCAGCCCGCGGCCAUCCUGUACGCGCAGCCCAGCGACCGCAGCAUCAUGCAGAGCCAGAGCCUCAUGCUGGACCUGCAGGAGGGGGACGAGGUCUGGGUCAGGCUCUUCAAGAGGGAGAGGGAAAACGCCAUUUACAGCGAGGAGUCCGAUGUUUACAUCAUUUUCAACGGGCACCUGGUCAAGCCCGCCGUGGAGGAGUAG